AAUUUUCACAGUAUAUAACGAACGUGGGAGCUGAGUGGUUGUGGCUGACAUGUGCCAGACGAUUUUGAUAAAGUUUAAAUAAUAUUAAUUUCCGUUUAUAAACAAAUAAAUUUACAGUGCAAUGUUUAAUUGAUUUAUAACGAGUAAAUACACACAUUCGUGCAAGUGGAAAAAUUUUCAAUUCAGAAUUUCUGCGUAUACCUCAUUCGCGAAGUACACAAUAAAUUUCACACCACAAAAAAUGGUUGUACCCUUAACACUAAAUUUUCUAAAAUCGCAAUGGCGCACAUUUGCGAACGCUCACCCAUUGGCGAAAGGUAUGAUAUCUUAUGCUGUGCUAUGGCCAACAGGCUGUCUAAUUCAACAAACGAUGGAGGGCAAAAAUUUGAAAACAUAUGACUGGAUGAGUUGUUUGCGUUAUUGUGUUUUCGGCUCCAUGUACGUGGCGCCGACAUUACAUGGUUGGGUGCGACUCACCUCCGCUAUGUGGCCUCAAAUGAAUUUAAGAGUCGGCGUAAUGAAGGCUCUAGUCGAACAGAUCUCAUAUGGCCCAUUUGCUGUUACCAGCUUUUUUUUCUUUAUGACCCUGCUGGAAGGUCGUAGCUUCGAGGAGGCUGUACAGGAAGUGAAGAAAAAGUUUCCAAAAGCUUUCGAAGUUGGCAUUUGCGUUUGGCCAAUUAUUCAGACAAUAAAUUUCUCAAUGGUACCAGAGAAGAAUCGCAUAGUAUUUGUUAGUGUCUGUAGUUUGGUGUGGACGACAUUUUUAGCCUGCAUACAUACGAAAAAUCUGCACGAAGAAGCACAAGUUGAAGAUGUAGCAACACAGAAGAUUUUACAACAACAGCAAAAAGAAAUGACAACAAAUGAAAGCUUAGUUUUAAAAGUCAAACGUGCGCUGGCGCUUUGAAUACAUAUACAUAUUUAUACGAAAACAAGUAUAUAUGUAUGUAUUCACACGUUGUUAUUAUUAUUAG